UGAGUGCAUGUGUGGCAAAGAGCACAAGAGAGCUUUGCAGGAGAUAAGAUUAUAUUUUGUAACUGCACUCUCAAAGCGCUGCUAAGUUACACUGCAGCAAGCAAUGGCAUCUGCGUCUCUACUCAAGUCUUCUCCAGUUCUUGACAAAUCUGAGUGGGUGAAAGGCCAGACCCUCCUCCGCCAGCCUUCUGUCUCAUCCGUCGUCCGAUGCCACCCUACCGCCACAUCUGGUCUUACCAUUCGUGCUUCAUAUGCUGAUGAACUUGUCAAGACCGCUAAAACUGUUGCAUCCCCCGGCCGUGGAAUUUUGGCCAUGGAUGAAUCCAAUGCAACCUGUGGCAAGCGUCUGGCUUCAAUUGGGCUAGAGAACACUGAGGCUAACCGCCAAGCCUACCGUACCCUCCUUGUGUCAGUCCCUGGCCUUGGCAAUUACGUCUCUGGUGCCAUUCUUUUCGAGGAGACUCUCUACCAAUCCACUGUUGAUGGUAAGAAGAUUGUGGAUGUGCUCAUUGAGCAAGGCAUCGUCCCUGGGAUCAAAGUUGACAAGGGUUUGGUGCCCCUCGCUGGUUCCAACAAUGAGUCAUGGUGCCAAGGUCUUGAUGGACUUGCUUCUCGCACAGCUGCUUACUACCAACAGGGAGCUCGUUUCGCCAAAUGGCGUACUGUUGUGAGCAUUCCCAAUGGUCCAUCCGCUCUUGCAGUAAAGGAAGCAGCCUGGGGUCUCGCUCGCUACGCUGCCAUUUCUCAAGAAAGUGGAUUGGUCCCAAUCGUAGAGCCAGAGAUCUUGCUUGAUGGUGAGCACGGCAUUGACAGGACCUUCGAAGUUGCUAAAGCAGUGUGGGCUGAGGUUUUCUUCUACCUUGCCCAGAACAAUGUCUUGUUUGAGGGUAUCCUCCUCAAGCCUAGUAUGGUUACUCCUGGAGCUGAGUGCAAGGAAAGAGCCACCCCGGAACAGGUUGCCGACUACACCCUCAAGCUCCUCCACAGGAGAAUCCCCCCAGCAGUCCCUGGAAUCAUGUUUUUGUCUGGUGGACAAUCUGAGGUUGAGGCAACCCUGAACUUGAAUGCAAUGAACCAAUCACCAAACCCGUGGCAUGUGUCAUUCUCCUAUGCCAGAGCUCUCCAGAACACUUGCCUGAAGACAUGGGGAGGCCGACCAGAGAACGUGAAGGCCGCUCAGGAGGCACUACUUAUCCGUGCCAAGGCCAACUCUCUUGCUCAGCUCGGAAAGUACACCGGAGAAGGAGAAUCAGAGGAGGCCAAGAAAGAAUUGUUCGUCAAGGGCUACGUGUACUAGAUCGUUGGUGCCAAUGCUAUAGAUGAUGAACAACCGACAGUAAAGAUUAUCACGAUGUUGGAGGAAUGAAGACUAGGUUCUGUUAAAUGUGUGUAUCGGUUUAUAGCCCAUGAAAGACUAUUUUUGUUCAUGAUCAUUUCAUGUACUUCAAGCAACUUAAUAAGCUUCUUGAUGAUGA